CCAGCCUCCCUCCACCGGCCAUACUCCUUUCCAGUGGAUUCACUUCCGACCAUGGCUGCUGGGGGAGCCGGGAUUAAAGGCAGGAGCCGCCAGCUCCCGCCCGCCCUGCAAGCUUUCCUGGCCUUCCCUCUUUCUUUGUCCCCGCUGCGAGUUCUGGUUCCGAUCAUGACGGAGCCUUUGGGUCCCAGCACCUCAGUCAUCACCCGGCAUCCAGCACCCAGCCCUCUGCUUUUCUUCCGGGCUGUUUACCUUGGGAGGCCCCGAGCCUCAACGCGGCCACCUGCGAGAUUUCCCACAGAACUUAAAAACACCACCGCCUCGGGAUUACCAGCCGGCAGCUCGGCCGGGAUCCUGCACCCCAGAACCCCAAACCCAGGGCCGGAGCAUGGAACCCGCGAGCCCCGGAUGUGUGCUCCCCCUCCUCCUCCUCCUCACCUGCGGCCCCCGCCCUGGGCUCCCCACAGAAGUGCAAGAACCCCCAGAUGAACCGAGUGUCUCACGGGGUCCUGUGUGGCUGAUGGACGUCCCGGCGGCCGUGGACUUUGUCGCGGGGGCUGAGGUGACACUCAUAGGCUUUUUCCAGGACUUGGAGAUGCCAGCCGUGGCGGUGUUCCACCGUGUGGCCCUGGAGUUCCAGGACGUGCCCUUUGGCAUCACCAACCGCUCCGAGGUCCUGAGCCAUUACAACAUCACCGGCAGCACCAUCUCCCUCUUCCGCCUGGUGGACAGCCAGCAGCUGACCUUAGAGGACCAGGCGCUCGCAAGCAUGGACGACGCCACGCUCAGCCGGUUUGUACACACCAACAACCUGCGCCUGGUGACCGAGUACAACGCCAUGACCGUGCUGGGCCUGUUUAACACCAUGAUUCAGAUCCACCUCCUCCUGAUGAUGGACAAGGCAUCCCCGGGGUUCGAGGAGAAUCUGUCCACAUACCGGAGGGCAGCCCAGCUCUUCCAGGGAGAGAUCCUCUUCGUUCUGGUGGACAGCGGCCAGAAAGACAACCGCAAAGUGGUGUCAUACUUCAGGCUGCAGGCGUCCCAACUGCCGGCCCUGGCGAUCUACCGGACGCUGGACGACCAGUGGGACACGCUGCCCAUCUCCCAGGUGGACGUGGACCAGGUGAAGGAGUUCUGUGCCGGGUUCCUGGCUGGGAAGGCAUCGAGGGAAGAUAAUAAAUCGGAAGACGCCACCGCUAAGGAAGAACUGUGAUUUCUUCCCCUGCUCCUACUGACCAUACACAUCUACUUUGUGCUAAAUAAAAUGAGCAAGCUCACCUCUGCUA